AUGUCGUUCCAAGUAUUCAUCCUGCUUCUAUUUAUCACUGUUCAAGCUCAACAAAUGAAAUCCAGCAUGUUCCUUCAGUUUGUUCUCUCCAAAGAACCAACCUCCGGACAUCUAGGACCUUCAUAUACAGUGGUUUCUCUUAUCCACUGUAGCGGCUUGUGCUUAAAGAAUGUUCUCUGUGUGGGACUGUCUUGCAGUGAAAACCCAUGCAAAAAUGGAGCAACUUGUCAAGAUGAUUCCUCUGGCCUCUACAGUUGUAUUUGUUGGUCUGGUUUCAAAGGAUACAAUUGUGAAAUACCACCGAGUGGAUACCAGUUUCACAGCGGAUCAUAUUUCAAGUAUUAUACUAUUACUAAGACGGAACCAGAAGCUGCAGCCGCAUGCCAAGCAGAAGGAGCACGUCUGGCUAGAGUGCCAGAUUUGGCUACUCAUGAAUUUUUGAAAAGUAUUAUUGUUCCUCCUUAUAGCACCUGGAUAGGUCUUUACCGAGUAAAUGGCGUUUGGCAGUACGAACCGAGUGGAUUUGCAGCCUGGGCGCCCAAUGAACCGCGUGCGAAUGAUUGUACUCAGAUGUGGAAUGCCGUUAACUUCCUAUGGGAUGAUGUCCCAUGCACGUCCUUUUACCUUCACUACAUAUGCGAAUUUAAUUUCAGCAAAUAA